AUGAAAACUAGACAACCCUUCUCAGAGACUUAAAACCUGUUAACAGUCAAGCAGCAGAAUCUAUCAGAUUCUAAUCACUCCCAGUCAACUCCAAAUUUGAACAAGAACUCAAUACUUUACAGUGCUGGCCACAGCCAAUACAAACUGAGUGCUGUUCAAUCAAAGCAACAACUUGGUCAGUUUAACUAGAGUGUAAUGUUAAACGGUGGAGAUAUCGAUGAUAAACAAAUGAGAUAAGCACUUGAUCAAAACUUUAUGGACAAAUAAGAUAGGAUUGAUAAACUUCAAAUGUUCAUCCAGAAACUUAACUAUGAAUUGCAAAGUAAAAUUGAGAGAUGUGACUAUUUACGAUCGAUCUACGACACAAAAUCAAGUGAAACAAGUGAGACUGAACAAACUUUGAAAAAAGAAAUACUUGAAAUCUCUGAGAGACUUGAAAUCCUUUCUUUAUUCACCAAGAGAGAAAAGUUUUCGUCCAAGCAGCUAAAGGAUAAGAACACCUACAAGCUUGACAUAUAGGAGUAGAAACUAGAAAAACUCUAAAAAGAAAAGGAUGAAUUGAUUGAUUAACUGUAGUAAAUAGAAGUGCAAGUAAAGUAAUAAUAAGAAGAAAAAGAAGUUAAGUUAAGAGCUGCACUCAGACCAUUAUAAGAUGCUAGAAGUGAGAUAUAGCAGCAAGAGUAGAUCUUCAGCACUCGCAAGAAGGUUUGUGAGUAACACAAGGAAAGACUUGAGAAUCUUCUUAAUCGUUAAAGAAAUGAAGAAUCCAAGAUUAGCCAAAAUGUUGACUACCUACAUAAUGAUAUUGCUAGACUCAAUGGCGAGAUGAAUGAAAUUAAGCAAGACCAUAUGGAUGAGUUUGAAAUAUUCCUGAAAGAAUAUGAUGAAGAGAAGCAAUUGAAAAAAAUUGUGCUAGAAAAAAAGAAGAUCGAUGAAAAAAUCAAUAAAUAAGAGAAAAUAUGCAAGAAACUCAAAGAUGAAGUCGAGAAAAUUGACAGUGAAAUCAAUGAUCCAAUUAAGAAAUAACAAGAUAAGGUCAACAAAGCUUUGAGAGAACUCAAUAACUUCAAACCUACUCAAUAGUCAAUGUAGAACAACAAUAAUUUGAAAAGAAAUCAUGAAAUCGCUAAAGUUGAGAAAUUUCUUAAGGAUAAGGAAUCCGAGUUUAAAAGCCAAAAUUUGACCGAGGUAAUAUGCCAAGAGACUCAGAUGCAAGAAAUUGCCAAGAAGUAUCAGAUUCCUUACCUUGAAAAAUAGCUUCAAAUUCUUACAGAUGCAUUUAUGGAGGAUGACCAGAAAAGAGAGGAGGAGUUAAAUGCUUUGAAGCUUGAAAUUAUCAAUCACAAUCCACUUCCUAAUUCAAAUAACAAUAACACUUUAAAUCCUAACCUUACUUAAAUUAAUGAGGAAACUGAAGAUGCUUCAGUAAUUAAUACUACCACUCAUAACUCAGUAGCUUAAGCUUGCUAACAUAUUAGCUCUCAUAAUGCAGCGGCUACUCUAAAAUGGGUUACUUAAAGGUACAAUCAAGCCCUUGAGACUUAAAAAGAACAGAGAUUCUUGUUCAAGAGAAAGGCUACAUUACUAUAAUAGAAAGUUAAUGAGUACAGAGCAAUCAAGAUAGCUUAGCAAGGAUUCGAUCUUGAGUAAGCAAAAGUUGUUUACUUAAAGAAAAUUUGGGCCAGAAUGAACUGUGAUUAAGAAGAAAGAUAGAAUUUCCAGAAUAUCCUUGACAUGUACAUUGAAAGAGUUGAGCAAAGAGAGGAUUUCCUGAGUAAAACUUUAGUUGAAAAGUAAUAAGUGACAGAAUAAUAUGCCUCAAAAUAAGAUCUACUUGACAAGAAAAGAUAGCAAUUAGUAUCACAACAUGAUCAGGUUGAGUAAUGGCAGUAAUAAUCAAAGGAGCUACACAAGAGCGAAAAAGUACUCUCAAAAAGCUUGGAGGAUAGACAGACCUAGGUUGAAUUUUAACUGUUUAAAUUUGGAGAAAAGAACUUUGAGGAGUAUUAUGCUAAGCAUGAACAAUUGUUUGAAGGAGUCAAAAAGACAUACGGAAAGAAAGUAUGCGAUAAAAUGAAAACUCAAUAAAAAAGAGAGUUUAUUGAGAUCACUGUUCAAUAGUAUAAAAGAAGGAUUCAGGAACUUAAGAAUAGACAAAUGAAGAUUGAAGAGAAUCAAUCACAGAUUGGGCAAAGUCAAAAAAAGCUUAGAGAACAAUUAAUGGUUGAAAUAUCCAAAAUAGAGACUGACUUAAGAUAUUAACUUGGGGAGCUAAGAGUUGUAGAGUUCCAACUUCAAGCAACGAGAGAUGCCUUAGUUGAAAUUAACAGGGAAAUCGAUAGUCUCACAGCAUCACGAUAAUUAGACAUCAAGAAAAUGAUAUAGCAGCUGUUCAAAACAAAGAACUAUGAUUCAUAGAAGGUCAGAUUACAAACACUUGAAUCUGAAAUAAGCAAGAAGUAGAAAUUGGUUUAUAGAUUGAGAUUAGAAGUUGAAGAUAAAGAGACCACAGUGUUUGAGAAAACUACAAAUUACAAAGCAGAAGAAGGCCAGCUUAAAGUAAGGCUGGAUAACUUCAAGAAAGCAAUGAGUGAGAUUCAAAAGACUAUUAAACCUUAACUGAUUCAAAUGGAAAGAGAAGUCAAAGAACUAGGAUACUAAAUAAACUCUGGCCGAAGAAAGCUUGAAUCGAUCUUUGAGAAGUAUAAGGAAGUCUUGCAUUAGCAAGCUCUGAUUAAAAAGACAAUCAAUGAAAGAUUCAAUAGCAAUGUAAUGAGUACUUAGGAAGACUUAAGAUACCAGAGAGAUCACAUUGAGGUCUAGUAGUUCAAGCAGUUUACCAAUCAAGAAAAUGAAAAUGAUGAUAUACACUUUGAAAAUGUAGAGGGAGACAAUAUCCCAAGAAUAUCAACCCAAGGGUUCUAAUUUGAUGAAGAAUACAAAAAGAUGCAGAAUAUAAUAGAUGCAGACGAGAGAAUGAAAUGUCAGCCUAUAAACAAUCAAAUCAUCUAGGAGAUUUCAGAGGAAUACGAUGAUGAUGACAAAAGCAAUAAAACUCAGUGCAGCAUUUCAAAUAUUCAAGGUAGCAAAAAUCAAGAGUCUAAGCUCAACACAACUAAGUCAAAGCUAAAGAAUGCGGCAUCAAGUAAAAAAUUAGAAGUGACGGAGAAUAACAUAGAUAGAAACAUGCACGAAUUACUUGGAUCCUCCUCAAAUGAUAUUUCAAGAGCUACUCAUUUUGGUGGGGAAGGAGUCCUUGAGAUUAAUACUAUUAGUGGCGAAAAGAUUGGCAUUGAUAUGUCAAACUGUCCUGAUAAUGAAGUUGAAUUCUACCACAAGAUCAAAAUUCUACUUGAGGGAGAAGAAAUCUACAAGAAGUUUGGUACAUCUUCUUCAAUGACUUAAAAACCAUUUGACCCGCUAGACAGCAAAUCUAAUCCUGAAUCAAAAGGGUAUGGUAAGCGUUUCCUUAAGGUCUCACCUGACUUUGCUAAAAUGGAUUUCUUCAAGCAAAAUCUAAAUAAUGGGUCAGUUCAUAGCACUUCAAACCAAUAAGAUAGUCUAUAAUAGAGUAACUCAUCUGCUAAUAUAAAUGCUCAUGCAAGUAAAUUACAACAUGAAAACUUCUUAAAUAUUGAAAAGAUAAUGAAGCUUGUAAUUCCUACAGUCACCUAGGAUAUAAUAAAGUAUCAAAAGUAGAUUGGCCAUUAGAAAUAGAUGCAGUCACUUGCAGAAUCAAGUUCUAUGUCUGCACUCAUAAAAACUCAAAAGCAGCUCAUUGGUGUUAAAAGAGAUCAAGAAGAGUACAAGGACAAAUGUCUGAAUGCUAGAUGCUAUCCAUUCAGUUUGGUUUUAAGUGAUAAGACCCUUGAAUUGGUAUCUCACGAUUACUUCCAGUUCAAAUUCAUCACAGAGGGACUCGAGGAAAUGCUUAAAAAGAAGUCUCAGCUUAAUAAACUCGCUAAGAAAAUCAUUAUUUGUUGA